AUUAAGUUGUCGCAGCUAAUUAAUUAAGCUUGUACGGUUAAUUAGCCGUGUCAGCUACUAGCUAGCUAGCUAGCCCCUCUGCUAUGGCGGCGUGUGCUGCGGCGGUGGCGGUGGCGUUUGCUCUGGUGGCGGCGACGACGGGCAACGCGCAGCUUGACCCCCACUUCUACGACAGCGUGUGCCCGGCGGCGCUGCCGACCAUCAAGAGGGUCGUCGAGGAGGCCGUCUCGGCGGAGCCCCGCAUGGGCGCCUCGCUCCUGCGCUUGCACUUCCACGACUGCUUCGUCAACGGCUGCGACGGGUCCAUCCUGCUGGACGACACGCCGUUCUUCACGGGGGAGAAGAACGCGGCGCCCAACAUGAACUCCGUCCGCGGCUUCGACGUCAUCGACCGCGUCAAGGACGCCGUCAACGCCGCCUGCCGCGGCAACGUCGUCUCCUGCGCCGACAUCGUCGCCGUCGCUGCGCGCGACUCCAUCGUCGCGCUGGGAGGGCCGUCGUACCACGUGCCGCUGGGCCGGAGGGACGCGCGGACGGCGAGCCAGGCGGCGGCGAACAACAGCAUCCCGGCGCCGACCUUCAACCUUGACCGCCUCGUCUCCAGCUUCGCCUCGCAGGGCCUCUCCGUGCAGGACCUCGUCCUCCUCUCCGGCGGACACACCCUGGGCUUCUCCCGCUGCACCAACUUCCGCGACCGCCUCUACAACGAGACGGCCACCCUGGACGGCUCCCUCGCGGCGUCGCUCAGGGGCCCCUGCCCGCGCACCGGCGGCGACGACAACCUCGCGCCGCUCGACCCGACGCCGGCGCGGUUCGACGGCGCGUACUACGGCUCGCUGCUGCGCGCCAGGGGCCUGCUGCACUCGGACCAGCAGCUGUUCGCCGGCGGCCUCGGCGCCACCGACGGGCUCGUCAGGUUCUACGCCUCCAACCCGGACGCGUUCCGGCGGGACUUCGCCGAGUCCAUGGUGCGGAUGGGCAGCCUGAGCCCGCUCGUCGGGAACCAAGGCGAGGUCCGCGUCAACUGCAGGAAAGUGAACUACUACUAGAGCAAGAUGCAUGGCCGGAUGCUUAAUCAAAUGAGUCCUAAAAUUCAUAUUUUCUCUUGUUGUUGAUUGUGGCUUAGCUCUUUUAAUUCAUUUUGUGUGAAUGGGAUUUGUAAGUACAGUACUCAAUGUAUUUCAAUGCUCUGGUGUUCUACGAUUUCCGUUUCCUCUUGUAAUAGAGACAAUUUCAAAAUUUAAAUGCGCUCAGUUAUUGUAUGCACAGCUGAC